CGGCAAGCACGAUGGUGUGGUUUCGAGGCGCGCUGUUCUUGACGUGUUCUUUCCAAGACACAUGUAUGCCUCCCUGUACCGAUGUACGCAAGCUGCUUCGCCGGCCCUCCUGUUGUAAUCAACAUGGUGCAUGGCACACCAUGUAGCAAUUGGCGAGCUCGCCGCUCGCCUUGUCACGAACAUAACCGGCAUUGGAAAGCAGAACAACAAGUUCGACAGAAUAUAUAAAGACACCGUGCAAGGCGUCAAAGACCACAGCUAUGCACGAACUAAUCAGUUCGAUAUCAAGGACCGUCUCGCUGGUCUUGUCGAGAAGUUCAGCAUUCUCAACCGCGAAGACCUGGCCCAAGCCCUGCAGUCGCGCCUUGACGAGCUGCCUUCAGACAAGAAGCUGCUACCAGAAUACUUAGCACUACUACUAGAGCUCUCGGACCGGCCAGCGGAGAAGUCGACACUCGAGAGUUUCAAUGCUGUCGAGAUUCCAAUCCCGCCAGCGACGCUUACGUGGGAGCAGAUCUUGAGCGAGGACCCUCCUACCGAUCCAGCCAUCUGGGAGGACGUCGAACGCGGCUACCAUUCAAGCGGCGACGAUGCCACUGUCGAUGACGAGCUUGAGUCUGAGCCUACCAACUCCACGCAAGCCAAUUCCCUAGACGAGGAGGACUUUGCGGCCCUUGCGCGUCUUCAUGUGAUCCAGCCCGAUCAUUCACUGUUAGGCGGCAUCCACGCAGCUGCCAGGGCACUUGGCACAGUUGCAGAACUAAAGCAAGCCUCCCGGACGGUGAAAGCCGUUACGGAGUUGACCGUUCUUCGAGAGACCCUGGCCAUGUUGCACGGUCUACCAACGUACUGCUUCAGUCUGAGUGACAAUGUAAUGUUCGCCAAUGCGGACCUUCGACUAGCGACUGCCGAGAAAAUAACGGUGCGAGACGCGCUCGACGAACUUGCUAGUAUCGGCACCAGCCUCUUAGCCCUACGUAAGUGGUGCAGGCAAGCGGAACAGUACGUGUUCAUCCAGUCGAUGCAAAGCUGCGUUCGACAACAUCUCAACCACAUGGACUUGCGAUUGGCAUCCAUCGAGAGUACCUUGACUCAACCGGCCGCAAACUUCAAGGUUGUGAGCUUGAUAGGACUCCGCACGGAGAUCGAACCGCUGGUCCAACCUAUUUCUCGAUUAUCAAACAUUAUACUGGCGGCGUACGAGCGUCAAUGUCGUGACAGCAAUCCUUUUGCAAUACUGGAUUCGCUCUAUAUCGGAUGCUGCGAAGCUCAUAUGGCAGGAGACGAGCGACUGUGUACGGUCAUAGGAGCUGUGCUGUUUGCCGGACUCCGCACAUAUAUCAAGCCCCUUGCUGUAUGGCUUCAAACGGGCACUCUGUCGUCUUCGGACAAUGACUCAUUCUUCGUUCAAGAUGCUCGGCCCGAAUGUGAGCUGCAUGAGCUUUGGCAUAAACGCUACAGCAUUGAGGAGGAGAAUGACGGGUCUCUGUCUGGCCCGGCUUUGAUGCAGCCGUUCGCCGCGCAGGUCUUUGAGAAGGGCAAAUCGAAGGCCUUCCACAAAGCCUUGGUUCUUGCCAACAGAGUUGCGCAAGAUGAGAUCAUACCCACUGCCGCUCCCGAGCUGGACCAUGAACGGGUUUGCCAGAUCUUAGAGGACAACCCGCUGCAACCAUUCUCUGAGCUCCUUCACAGCGAGAUACGUACCUACCUAAUAACGGUGGAUCAAGGCAACAGCGUCGAUCUGACUGCCACGCUCCUCGAAGACGGCGGGCUGCUGAAGAUCAUGCAUAUGAUAGACAGCAUAUACUUUGGCCAAGACGGCUCAGUCAUGCAAGCCUUCGCAGAAACGCUCUUUGACCGCAUACACCGGCAUCCUAAAGCGUGGUGUAAUCGCUCAAUGUUGACUGAAAUUGCGCAGAGCACGCUUAGCAGCACCUCUGCGGUGGAAGCUGGCUGUCUCGCCGUCAGCCUUGGGAACCGCAGCGAGCGAGCGAUGACAGCAUCAGUCGUCAGCCUCCUUCAAGACCUAGAACUCACUCACGCACUACCAUGGCCGGUUCAGAACGUGACACGCUCUGCUUCUUUACCUUCGCACUCCGCGGCCUUCACACUUCUUUUACGAGUCCGCUAUGCCAUCCACUUGCUGUCCCAGCAGUUUUUUGACCUGCGGAAAGUGCGAAACUUCACGGCCAUGCAGCACGCUACGCUCAAACUGCGUGCUCGCUUUCUCUGCUUCCUCAAGAAUUUGGACUCGCACAUAACCUGCACAGCUUCUACUUUACAUACCGCGAUGACCGCUCAGCUCCAUUCAGCAGAGAACAUUGAUGCCAUGGCAGCUUUGUGGACGGCAUACGAGCGGCGCUUGGGAAAGUGUUUGCUCCUCGCUACGUCUAUGGCCCCGCUUCGAGACGCUGUCACGGAGGUUCUGGAGCUCUGUGAGUGCUUCGCAGCAUCGUGGCGACACGCGGGCUUGGUACAGGGCGCUAAAGCUAUGGAAGGCGAGUUCGAGAAGUCGCUAGCUUUCCUGGUGGCUGGAUUGCGAAGCUUGAGCCGCGUUGAUGGGGAGAGUGCGCUGGAUAUGCUUGCUGAGAGGCUGCAUUGGCGAGUCGGCUGAGAUUGGUAAGGGCCUUCUAACAGAGCAAACAAUGAAAGACACGUCACGGUCGUACAGCAUGUCUAGGACAUGUGCCUCCAUUAGGAUGCUUCGCCCUCUCUGUGCUUGAGCAAGUCGCCAGGGCCAGCACGAGGACAAGAAGCCCACAUCCUUAUUCAACUUAACACGAUAUCAUGAUGGGCUCGGGCAGCAUCGAACCCGCACGGACACAUCUCUCGGCUGCC